AGUUUUAUUUGCUGCUGAGGGCACAGAGCUGACCACGGACUGAGACACGACAAUCAUCUGUUGAAUGACAAGAUUACGGGUUGUUGAGCUACAAAAGAUAAGUCAGUCGCAUUUCAAAGACAGAGGUGAUCGGACGUGUUGUUGUUUUAAAACUUACUUAAUGAUAAAUAAAACAUGGGAUUGUUGAAUGCGGAGGAGGAGUACAAAGAAAUUUCUACGACGCUGGUCUUUUAUGUCAAUGGAAAAAAGGUAAUAGAGCCAAAUCCAGACCCAGAAUGGACGCUGCUGUGGUACCUGAGGAAGAAGCUGCGACUCACGGGCACCAAACUUGGGUGCGCUGAGGGAGGCUGCGGGGCUUGCACUGUCAUGGUCUCCAAGUAUAAUCGCAAGGAGAAAAAACUAGUUCACCUAGCAGUAAAUGCGUGUUUAGCCCCAGUUUGCGCGAUGCACGGACUAGCAGUCACGACUGUCGAAGGCAUUGGGUCCACCCGAACGAAACUUCACCCAGUUCAAGAAAGGAUCGCUAAAGCACACGGAUCACAAUGCGGUUUCUGCACACCAGGAAUUGUAAUGUCCAUGUACACUUUGCUCAGAAGCUGUCGACACAUCAAAUAUGCUGACAUCGAAGUUGCUUUCCAAGGAAAUCUCUGCAGAUGUACAGGUUACAGAGCUAUAAUAGAGGGAUACAAGACUUUCAUUGAAGAUUGGGAAAUGCAACAAGCAAGUAAUGGUGCGAAUGGACAUACUAAUGGUCAAAAAGGAGUCUGCGGAAUGGGAAAAGAUUGCUGCCGCAACAAAAAAGAAGACGAUAAAAGUGAGACGCAGUAUAUUUUUGAUAGAUCCUCAUUUUUACCGUACGAUCCCAGUCAAGAACCAAUUUUUCCACCUGAGUUAAAAUUAUCUGAUUUUUAUGACACACAAUUUUUAGUAUACAAGGGACCUAAAGUAACGUGGUAUAGGCCUAUAGAAUUAAACACUAUUUUAAGACUCAAAGAACAAUAUAACAAUGCAAAAAUAAUUGUAGGCAAUACAGAAGUAGGAGUAGAAGUUAAAUUUAAACAUUGCAUUUACCCUACCGUCAUAAUGCCGACCUGUAUACCAGAAAUGAAUGAAAUAGUAGAAAAUGAAUACGGAUUAACUAUUGGAGCAUCUGUUACUUUAAUGGACAUGGAGACAAAAUUCACAGAGUAUAUCAACGUUCUGCCCAAAUAUAAAACACGGACACUAUUAACAAUUAAACAAAUGUUGAAUUGGUUUGCUGGGAAGCAAAUACGCAACGUAGCAGCAGUGGGAGGUAACAUCAUGACCGGCAGUCCUAUAUCUGAUUUGAAUCCUAUUUUAAUGUCUUUAAAAGUAAAAUUAAACUUACUUAGUAAAGAGGAAGGUCAUCGUUCUGUGCUAAUGGAUGAAACUUUUUUUACUGGUUAUCGAAGAAAUGUUGUUAAACCAAAUGAAAUUUUGUUAUCAAUAGAAAUACCAUUCUCAAGGAAGUACCAAUAUUUAAAAGCAUACAAACAAGCCAAGAGACGAGAAGACGAUAUUUCAAUAGUCACAUCAGCAGUUAAUGUGGAGUUUGAAGACAACACGAAUGUAAUAAAGAAUAUAGUUAUAGCUUACGGAGGUAUGGCCCCAGUAACAAAAAUUGCUUCAAAAACUAGUCAUGCCUUGAUUGGAGAGAAAUGGAAUGAGGAGAUGCUAGAAAAAGCAUACAGCUGCUUAUUAGAAGAGUUACCAUUACCACCGUCGGUACCUGGUGGAAAUGUACAAUUUCGGCAAGCGUUAACCAUGAGUUUAUUCUUAAAAACAUAUUUGGCCAUAGCUAAACAAAUGUCACUGGACUACAUUCAUAAAGACCUUAUAAAACCAUAUCAUAGCAGCGGAGCUGAACAAUUUCACGGUAGUUUACCUAAGAGUUCUCAAUAUUUCGAACUUGUGGGUGACAAACAAGUCAAAAGUGAUGCAGUAGGGCGACCAAUACAACAUAUGUCAGCAUAUAAACAGACCACUGGUGAAGCAAUAUAUUGUGAUGAUAUGCCGAUAGCUGAAAACGAAUUAUAUUUAGCCUUUGUAUUGAGUACAAAAGCACAUGCAAUUUUAAAAUCUGUCGAUCCAACGAAAGCAUUAGAACAACGUGGUGUAGUUGCUUUUUAUUCAGCAAAAGAUUUGACUCCAGAUCAAAAUAAAAUUGGACCAAUAUUUCAUGAUGAAGAGUUAUUUGUCAGUGAAAAAGUGACAAGUCAAGGACAAACUAUCGGUGUUGUAGUAGCAGAGGAUCAAGCCACAGCCCAAGCAGCCGCUAGGAUGGUUAAAAUCCAAUAUGAAGAGCUUCAACCUAUAAUAGUCACCAUGGAAGACGCAAUAAAAUACAAUUCAUUUUAUCCUCAAUAUCCUAAAAGUAUAAGAAGAGGAGAUGUUAAGGCAGUCUUUGAAAAUCCCGAGUAUGUGGUGAUAGAAACUCAAUGCCGCAUGGGCGGUCAAGAACAUUUCUAUUUGGAAACUCACGCGGCUUUCGCAAUACCAAAACGGGAAGACGACGAGAUUGAAGUCUUCUGUUCUAGCCAACAUCCCUCAGAAAUCGCGAAACUCGUCAGCCAUGUCUUACACGUGCCAAUGAAUAGGAUAUGUGCACGAGUGAAACGUAUGGGCGGUGGUUUCGGAGGUAAAGAAUCAAGAGGCAUGCUUGUUGCAUUGCCAGUGUCCCUCGCGGCACAUCGACUAAACCGGCCAGUGAGGUGUAUGUUGGACCGCGACGAAGAUAUGCAGAUGACGGGAACAAGACACCCGUUCUUAAUCAAAUACAAACUAGCUUUUACCAAGGAAGGAAAAAUAAUGGGUGCUAUUGUGAAUAUUUAUAAUAAUGGUGGUUACUCUAUAGACUUGUCUGGUCCGGUGGUUGAACGAGCCAUGUUCCAUUAUGAAAACGCGUACUAUAUACCUAACGUAGAAGUAACAGGCCAUGUAUGCAAAACCAAUUUACCUUCGAAUACCGCUUUUAGAGGAUUUGGAGGGCCGCAAGGCAUGUUUGGUGCUGAGAACAUGAUACGUGACAUCGCCUAUACAUUAGGGAAAAGCCCAGAAGAAAUAAGCAAACUUAAUUUGUACCAAGAAAAUUGUUUGACUCACUACGGGCAAAGAUUGGUUCAUUGUACUCUGCAGAGGUGCUGGGAUGAAUGUGUUGACAAAAGUAAUUUAGCUGAACGAAAAUUGAACAUAGAACAAUUCAACAAACAACAUCGCUGGAGAAAACGUGGUAUAUCCAUUAUCCCAACCAAAUUUGGAAUCGCAUUCACGGAGAAAAUGUUGAACCAAGCUGGUGCUUUAGUGUUAAUAUAUACAGAUGGAUCCGUACUUUUGUCUCACGGAGGGACAGAGAUGGGGCAAGGCCUGCAUACAAAGAUGAUUCAGGUAGCUUCGCGGGCUCUUGGGGUUGAUGUUUCGAAAAUUCACGUCAGCGAAACAUCAACAGAUAAAGUACCUAAUACUUCGGCCACUGCCGCCAGCGCAGGUUCUGAUUUGAAUGGUAUGGCUGUCCUCGAAGCUUGCCAGAAAUUGGUUAAAAGACUUCAACCUUACAAAGAAAAAAAUCCAGAAGGUACAUGGGAAAAUUGGGUGCUGGCAGCCUGGCUUGACCGAGUUAGCCUCUCGGCCACUGGAUUCCACGCGACACCUGAUAUCGGAUACGACUUUAAAAACAACGUUGGGAAGCCUUUCAACUACUUUACAUAUGGAGUGGCAUGCACGGAAGUAGAAAUCGAUUGCCUCAGUGGCGACCACCAAGUGUUAAGGACAGAUAUAGUUAUGGAUUUGGGAGAAAGUUUAAAUCCUGCCAUAGAUAUUGGACAAAUCGAAGGAGGUUUUGUUCAGGGAUAUGGCUUGUUUACAAUGGAGGAACUGAUAUAUUCUCCGACUGGGACCCUGUAUUCUCGUGGACCAGGUGCUUAUAAGAUUCCUGGUUUUGGAGAUAUUCCGCUAGAAUUCAACGUGUCUCUACUGAAAGGAGCUCCCAAUAUGCGAGCUGUUUAUUCGUCGAAGGCUGUGGGCGAGCCGCCACUGUUCCUGGCUUCAUCUGCCUUCUUCGCGAUCAAGGAGGCGAUCCGAGCGGCGCGCGCAGACGCGGGAGUGCCACUGGACUUCCAUAUGGACGCGCCCGCCACCUCCGCGCGCAUACGCAUGGCCUGCGAGGACCACAUCACUAAAAAGCUGAAGAAACCAGAAGAAGGCAGCUUCGUGCCCUGGAACGUGGCACCAUAAGCAUAAUUUAUAUUUUACUCAUCAAAACGAGCACAAACACUAUGCUGUGCCCUCACCUGCAUGUUAUCACGAAGUGCAAUGUGGUCAAAACUUCGUGCUACAAUGAAUUGUUGCAAUCUCUUUCACUUGCUAUGGAAACGAAACGGUACGUUACAGGUAAUAUGCAUCACAAAUCCAAUCGCGGUAACCAUCGUGAUUAAUACGCAUGCAUUACAAAGUGGAUUGUCGAGUAUUGGCUUAUAUAAAAAGGUUGUUUAAAAACAUAUUGCCUGUGAAUAGAUAAAAUUAUUUAUUAAAAUCAUAUCUAAUAUAUUACAACAGUAGGUCAUUGUAGGAAUUCUAUAACAGCUUUAAUAAGCCUAUUUUAGAAUCCCCAAUAGUGACUUACAUUUAAAUGACUAUUAACAAUAUUCAAUAAGUUACAAAGUCGCAAUCAAUGCGUUUACAGACACGAUUGGAUCAUGGGCUUCAUGAGUACGAUCGACACUUCUUUAUCGACAUUUUAAUAUGAGUGAGUGAUAUAUAUCAUCGGAAUUAAUUAUAUUAUCAGACAUGAACUUAAUAUCAGGUACAAAGAGAGAAAACUCAGAUAAUAAAGGAACAUAGAAGUUUUCUUUGGUCUAUACCAAAACUAUUUUAAAUGCUUUAUAAAAUAAUGGCUCGCGGCUAUCUAAGCUACGAAUAAUUAUAUACUUCAGUCAUUAAUCAUUUCCUACUCAAUAUAGUGUCAUGAUAUUUUAGUACCUUUAUUUGUUAAUUUACUAUUGAUAUUUUAGAUACUACUUGUGAAAACAUGUUGUGAGCAAAUUAUACCUAUAUUGUUAGAUGUAACAUAACGUCAAAAUGGCCAGAAUGUUGUACAUUGUAUGCGAUAUAUUUGAAGGCUAUAUUAAUACAAAAAAUAAUAAAAUGGUGAUCGUAGUUUAUAUAAAUAAAUAUAUCCAUAAAA